CAAAGGCAUGUUAUGCCUCUUAAGAUCAAUUAUAAUCUUUCCGAUUAAAGAUCAAUAUCGUUCUUAACAAACUAUGAAUUCUAAAAUGCCAAAGAAUCGAAAGUAUCAACAUUCACCUGAUAGUAGUAAUGAUAGUACAGAUGAAAAUAAUACAGCUAAUGAUAUGGAUGAUACAAGUGAUUCUUCUAUUAACUUAAGUAUUAUGGAGGAACCUACUCCAAAAUUGGUUAGUUCAUCUAUAGAGUGCAAUUGGUUGUUAGGUCAAUUAGCAUGGGCAAGAGUUGGUAACUUUCCUUUUUGGCCUUGCGUUAUAACCCUUGAUCCAGUUUUAAUGGUAUAUCAUAAAUUAAAAGCUACUGCCAGAUCACAAACGCUAAUGAUACAUGUCCAAUACUUCGGCGAUAAAGGACGUCACAGUUGGGUUUCAUCAAACUCUAUGAUUCCAUUUACAAAUCUUGCAGACUUUAAAAAAUUAUCAGAAUCAAUAACUGCAGAGGUUAAGAAGCGAGAUGCAAAAUAUGCAGCAGCAUUCAUUGUAAAACCUGGUAUAAAAUCAAAAUGGGAAAGCGCAAUUGAAGAAGCUAUGGAAGUUCAACCAAUGAGCAAUAAUGAUAGGGCACAUGUGUUCAAACCAAAGGAAAAAAGUGUAAAAAGUAAAAUACUAAAAGCAUCUGAGGAAAAAGAUAAAUUCAAUAAAAGGAAACACUCAAGUGAUUCAAAUGGUCCUGAUUUUAAACGAGUUAAGCAAGAUAAUGUAUAUGAGGUAGAUAAGUUAUCACAAGAUAAAACAGAUGGGACAAAACAAAAAAUGCUGCAAUACUUUGAGAAUGGUAAAAGUCAUUCAAAACUCAAUUCAGAUACUCCUCCAUUAUCUCCUUUAAGUCAAAAAGAUUCCAAUGAUGAAGUUUCUCUUAUGCAAAAAGUUGAAUUUCGAACUGAAGAAGAUGUAGAUGGUGUCUUUGAAGUUUAUUACGAAAGAAAUAGAGAUAUGUUAGAAGAUGAAUAUCCGGAUGCGUCGGAACAUGAUAUUAGGAAAUAUUUGAAGAAGACUUGGGAUAAUAUGAAUUCUUCUUUUCGCAAGAAAUACCGGUCAUAUGUAACAUCAGACACUAGUAGUACCCAUGCAAAAGAAAAUUCAUCGGAUCACGACGAUGAAUUAUUAAUAGAAAUAGUUGGAAAUACUAAAGAUAACAAAAAGACAAGAAUAAAAGUUGAAAAAGAAGAGAUAAGUAUUUCAGAAACAAAAAAAAAUAGACCUUAUAAUCUUUUCAAAGGAAUGAAACAAGAAAAAGUUUGUCAAAUAUGUGAAAAAACUGGAAAAUUAACUAGGUGUAAAGGUCCUUGUUAUUCAUAUUUUCAUCUUUCUUGCGUGAAACCAGGAGAAUCUAGUCCAGAACAUUCCAUUGAUGAAAAUAUAAUGGAUGAUAAAAUUCUUGACGAUAUAAAGGAGAUUAAACAAAGUAAUAACGAUGACGAUGAGAAUAAUGGUAAAUUGGAAGAACAAGAAGACGAAUUCUUUAAAUGUAUCGAUUGUUUAUCAGGUGUAGCACCUGCUUGCUUUAUAUGUAAUGAAAGGGAAGGAGAUAGAAUAAGGUGCUCUGUAUUAGCUUGUGGGAAACAUUAUCAUUCGUCUUGCUUGAAAUCAUGGCCACAAUCACAUUGGCAGGGGGGUCGUCUAACUUGUCCAUAUCAUGUAUGUCAUACAUGCAGUUCAGAUAAUCCUCAAGAUAGUCAUUCAAGGGCUCCAAAUGAAAAAUUAGCACGAUGUGUUCGUUGUCCGUCAUCAUAUCAUACAUCUACGUCUUGUUUACCUGCUGGUUCGAUUGUAUUAACCGGUAGUCAAAUAGUUUGUCCAAAACAUUACCAAGCACCACAACCUCCAGUAAAUGCGGCAUGGUGUUUUUUAUGUACAAGAGGCGGAAGUCUUAUCUGUUGCGAUACAUGCCCAACAUCAUUCCAUUUGGAAUGUUUAGGUAUUGAUGCUCCAGAUGGUGCAUUUAUUUGUGAAGAUUGUGAAACAGGCAGAUUACCUUUAUAUGGAGAAGUUGUGUGGGUUAAACUUGGUAAUUACCGUUGGUGGCCGUCUCGUAUUUGUUAUCCUCAUGAAAUUCCUGAAAAUAUAGAAGCUAUACCUCACAGCCCUGGUAAAUUUUGUGUGAUGUUUUUGGGAUCGAAUAAUUAUCACUGGGUUCAUAGAGGACGUGCUUUUCUUUAUCAAGAUGGUGACGCCAACAUAAAACCGCCAAUUGGUAAAAAAAAUAGGGACGAUACUUAUCGCAAAGCAUUAGAAGAAGCUAACGAGAUUCAUCAGCAGUUAAAAAUUGAAAGAGCUGCAGCUAAAGAUCAUGGACCACGAGGAUUGAAACCUCCGCCUUAUGUUAAAUUAAAGGUGAAUAAACCAGUUGGCAAUGUAAAACCAGUAGAAGUUGAAAGUAUCGUUGCAUGUGAUUGUGAUGCAGAAUGGGAAAAUCCAUGUGCGCCAGGAACAGAUUGUCUCAAUCGAAUAUUAUUAGUUGAAUGCAGUCCUGGUAUUUGUCCAGCUGGUCCCAAAUGUAACAAUCAAGCAUUUGUAAGAAGACAAUAUCCAGCUAUGGAACCAUUUCAUACUGUUGGUCGUGGUUGGGGUCUUAGAAGUUUGGAACCAAUUAAAGUUGGACAAUUCGUUAUAGAAUAUGUAGGUGAAGUUAUAGAUGAGGCUGAAUACAAACGAAGACUACAUAGGAAAAAGGAAUUAAAGAACGAGAAUUUUUAUUUUUUAACUAUAGAUAAUAAUAGAAUGAUCGACGCAGAACCAAAAGGCAAUCUAAGUCGAUUUAUGAAUCAUUCAUGUUCACCAAACUGCGAGACUCAAAAAUGGACAGUAAAUGGAGAUACGCGUAUAGGUCUGUUUGCGUUGUGCGAUAUUGAGCCUGGUGAAGAAUUGACUUUUAAUUAUAACUUAGCUUGUGAUGGAGAAACUCGAAAACCCUGCUUGUGUGGUGCAUCAAAUUGUAGUGGGUUUAUAGGUUUAAAAGUACAGAAAUCACAAGUAACAACACCUUCGAUACAACAGAAAAAAUUGGAAAAAAUUGAUAAAAUAAAACGUCAAAGAAGAUCGAGAAAACAUGUACUAUGUUGGAGUUGCGGACAAGAAAUUGAAAAAUUGGGAGAAUUCGUUGUUUGCGAUCAAAAAACAUGUAAUAAGAAGUAUCAUAAAGCUUGCGUGAUUAUUGAUGAUAUGGAUUCAAGAUUUAGUUGUCCUUGGCACCGUUGCGCGGAAUGUCGGCGUAGAACAUCAGCACAUUGUUCCUUCUGUAGCACUGCUUUUUGUCAAGUACACUUGGAUGGAAACCUAUUUGAGUACAGUGAAAAAGGUGGUUUUGUCUGUAAGCUACACGAAAGUAUGGAUAUGCAAAAAUCUUCUGUUGAAGAUGAAAAAGAUUAUUCGGAUAAUGAUACUGAGACAGACAAAGAAUAUUCUUCUACAGAUUCCAAUAGUCCGUUGUUAACAAUGGAGAAGUCAGUACCACGUGAGCCAUCACCAAGAGUUUCUAUAGUAGAGGUGCAUCCAAGCAGUGAAGAAAGUGAAGAAUCUCAAAGAGAAGAUGAUGAAGAAGCAAUGCAGACUGUCGAUUUUAUGCCUUGUGAAUACAAUUCAAAAAGUAUGAAGAGAAAAACAUUACACCGAUUAUCUCUGAGAUUGAACGAAGAGAAAGGCCAGGUAGAAAAAUUAAAUACCCUUACAUCUAGUCAAUUGGAGGCUAUAAUCGGUGGCAGUCUAUUUGAGUGAACAAUUUAUCCCCAUUGAUUCAGAUUAAGUUAUGGAACAUAUUUUAAUGUGCAUAGUUUCAUAUCUUCACAAUUGGUAAAUAACAAAUUAUGUAAUGACAAUUUCAACAUAACUGUGAACGCCAGUGUGAGCUAGUAGUAUUUGUAAUUGUAUACAUUAUUUGUAAAACAC